UGGCAGAUUUAAUGAAAAGAUAAGAGAAAAACUUACAUAAAGAGCACAAGGAGUCCAGGCUGUGGACCACAAGCAGUGUGGUGGAAGGACCCAGAAAUUAUCAAAACACAUACACAAAUGAAAACCAAAACAGAAAAACACCCAAGGAUCAUAACAGAAUCUUAAGUGUUCAUUGGCUAGAAACCAUAAUCACCUAAAUUAACAGAAAUUUAUGUCAUGUUUGGGUAAUAAAGACUCAAAUGCAGAGCUGAAAACAAGUGAAGCUGAAUUCUUUAAUGAUAAAGGAAAAAACUUGCAAAAAUUGUCCUGAAUGAGGAGAACAAAUGAGGAGCACAGGAACAGGCAUGGAAAAGUAAUCCAACAGAUUGACGCGGAAUAUCAAGCGAAGGCAACGGAGAACAUAAAGUCAACGGACAGCAGAAAGGCAGGUAAACGGAAAGAUCCAGCAGCGAGCAAAGAACACCAGUGAGUUUAAACACAGAGACAGGGUGGAAAAAUUACAAAUGAACCAAUCAGGUGUAAGGUGGAGCAGCUUUUGCAGAGGGAAUGCAGACGCAACAACAGAGGCUAAUUAAUAUACAUGAGCAGAAACUGACAAAUCCAGGAAAGUAUCUUGAAAAAUCCAACAGGAUAAUAAUUCUAGAUGUAUAAAGAAAACUAAAACGUAAAAGAAUGAACGUCUAACAAUAGUAAGCAUAUGGAAAUGAACUAAAGAAAGCAAGACCUAAAGAACAUAAAAACCAGCAAAGAAAUUGUUAAUAUACACACACAAAAUAAAACCAAAAUCCAACAUGGAUCGUGAAUGUAAACAGUGAAAUACAUCAUGCUGUGUAUAAUUAUUGUAUAUAAUAUAUGAAAUUCAUUUUUUUAAUUGUUUUACUGAAAUAAGUUAUAUUGUCAGCAAUAUUUUAACUUAUUGAGAUCCAUUUGUAGUUAUAUGUAACAUAAACUUGUACACUUUUACAAUCAUAUAUUGUAGUGCUAGUAUUUUUCUACCAAGUAAACCUUCUGAAUCGUCAUUCCAUCUAUGGAGUAAACAGCCUAAGACAUCUUUUCCCUAAACACACAAUAAUGUCUUUGGUUUCUACAUCUGAAAGUAAAGAACAGGGAAUGUGGACCUAGUUUAUUCUUGUAUUCUUAAUGUUUUGAUUUGGCAUUACUUUAACUAAUGAACUGUUUCAUUUGAUUUCCUUUAUUCUAUGAAACUACUAGGCUGGAGUUGUACAUACAGGGAUGUGGAGCAAACAGACAACUAUCCGACGUGUAAAGCUCAUUAAUGGACCAAUGACAGACCAGCUGUCCAAUAGUUCCAUGGAAUCCACUGGGUAACCAAUAGUCUUCCGUUUUGAGCUGCUGCUGCUUGCUGAUUGGUGGAAGGAGCUUCUGCCUCUUGAGUACUAACGCUUAUCCUUUGGUCAAGGUUGCACUUGCAGCUGCACCAGGACGCAGCUGUCUUACGCACCGACAUUAGCCUGAUCAGUAGAAGCUCUGCUCUGUUUUUAUAUCUGAGCAAUACCUCGGAUCUCCAUUCUCACGGAAUUCGCAAUGGAUGAGAUGGAGGAAGAGUUAAAAUGCCCAGUUUGUGGCUCUUUUUACCGGGAGCCCAUCAUCCUGCCCUGCUCGCACAACAUCUGCCUGGCGUGUGCGCGGAAUAUUCUUGUGCAGACUCCCGAAGCGGAGUCCCCACAGAGCAGCCGAGCCUCUGGAUCCGGUGUUUCAGAUUAUGAUUACUUGGACUUGGAUAAAAUGAGUUUGUACAGUGAGGCGGACAGCGGGUACGGUUCCUACGGGGGGUUUGUAAGCGCUCCGACGACCCCCUGCCAAAAAUCACCAAACGGGGUUCGGGUUUUCCCCCCGGCUGUCCCUCAGCCUGCUCCGCAGCAGCACCUUCUCCCGCACCCGGCCUACCUACCGCCGAUUCCCCGCAACUCCUGUAUCACAUGCCCGCAGUGUCACCGCAGCUUGAUCCUGGACGACCGGGGACUCCGAGGGUUCCCCAAAAACCGGGUGCUGGAAGGGGUGGUGGACCGGUACCAGCAGAGCAAGGCGGCCGCUCUCAAAUGCCAGCUCUGCGAAAAGAGUCCGAAGGAGGCCACGGUGAUGUGCGAGCAGUGCGACGUCUUCUACUGCGACCCGUGCCGCCUGCGCUGCCACCCGCCCCGCGGUCCCCUCGCCAAGCAUCGCCUGGUGCCCCCCGCGCAGGGCCGGAUCAGUCGUCGCGCCAGUCCCCGCAAGAUCUCCACUUGCACGGAGCACGAACUGGAGAACCUCAGCAUGUACUGCGUUCAGUGCAAGAUGCCCGUGUGUUAUCAGUGUUUAGAAGAAGGGAAACACGGCACGCAUGAAGUGAAAGCUCUGGGCGCAAUGUGGAAACUGCACAAGGGUCAGCUGUCCCAGGCAUUAAAUGGUCUGUCGGACAGAGCCACCGAGGCAAAGGAGUUCCUGGUUCAGCUAAGAAACACGGUGCAGCACAUCCAGGAAAAUGGCGUGGAAUUUGAGGCCUGUUUGGUGGCACAGUGUGAUGCCCUCAUCGACGCCUUGAACCGACGCAAGGCCCAGCUCCUGGCCCAAGUGAACAAGGAACACGAACACAAGCUUAAGGUGGUUCGGGAUCAGAUCUCUCACUGCACGGUAAAGCUGCGUCAGACAACAGGACUGAUGGAGUACUGUCUAGAAGUCAUCAAGGAGAACGAUCCCAGUGGGUUCCUGCAGAUAUCUGACGCCUUGAUCCGGAGGGUCCACAUGACUGAGAGUCAGUGGGGGAAGGGAACCCUCACCCCGAGGAUGACCAGUGACUUUGACCUGACCCUGGACAGCGGACCUCUCCUGCAAACGAUCCACCAGCUUGACUUUGUACAGAUGAAAGUCCCAGCUGCUCCCAUCCUCCAGCUAGAGGAAUGCUGUACCCAGAACAACAGUGCUACGUUGUCAUGGAAACAGCCGCCGCUCUCCACUAUCGUCGUUGAGGGCUACAUCCUAGAGUUGGACGACGGAAAUGGGGGCCCAUUCAGGGAGGUGUAUGUGGGGACGGAAACCAUCUGCACAGUGGACGGGCUCCACUUCAACAGCACGUACAAGUCAAGAGUAAAGGCAUUCAAUUCCAGCGGAGUGGGCCAAUACAGCAAGACGUUGAUCAUGCAGACCUCUGAGACUGGACUCCCUCCAUGUGAUAUUCAGUCUAUAGGCACAGUUGCUUGGUUCACCUUCGACCCAGUGUCCGCUCACCCCGACAUAGUGUUUUCCAACGACAACCUAACGGUGUCAUGCAACAGCUACGAUGACCGGGUGGUCCUGGGUAACACGGCCUUCUCCCGCGGUGUCCAUUACUGGGAAAUGACAAUCGACCGCUACGACAACCACCCCGACCCGGCCUUCGGCAUCUCUCGGGGUGACGUCCUGAAGGAUGUGAUGCUGGGGAAGGACGACAAGGCCUGGGCUAUGUAUGUGGACAACAACCGCUCCUGGUUCAUGCACAACAACUCUCACACCAACAGGACGGAUGGUGGCAUCACUAAAGGAUCCACAAUAGGAAUGUUGCUGGACUUCACACGUAGGAUCCUUAUCUUCCUCAUCAACGAUGAGCAGCAGGGUCCAGUUGCCUUUGAGGGCUUGGAAGGUGCAUAUUACCCCGCCAUCAGCCUCAACCGAAACGUACAGGUCACUCUUCACACUGGUCUACCCAUCCCUGACUUUUACACCCCUGGGGAGGCAGAUCCAACGAGCUCCGUAUGCUAAAGACUGCAGGAAAUAGUAACCCCCCCCCCCCCCCCCCCCACCCUCCUCUUCUCAACUCCUUCUGUUUCAUCGACCUAAUGACCCCAUGACACUCCAUCGGAGGCCUCAUGACAGUCCUAAGCCAUGCCUUUUUCAUGCCUAAACUUUCGACACGACCAUGUGCAGGACAGUGUUCAUGCACAUGGUGCCUUGGCACCUAUGACUUGUAUUCUUACGAAACACAGAACAUUUAGGAAAAUGAAAUAACCACAAUGUCCAGAGGAUGGAUUCUAAAUGCUAAAAGAUCAAUAAUAAAACAAAUAAAUUAAAGGAAUUUUUUUACAUUUCAGAAAAUAUGCUCAUUGAGUCAAGACCAGGCACGGGGUGGUAUGAAACCCUCAAGGAACUAAAUAAAACCAAACUACGGUUUGAUGGUAUUUUCACCAAAAUGUAAAACAAACAUUUAAAACAUCGUCUAAUUGCAACAAUUAUUAAUACUGCUGCGAAAAUAUUCUCAAACAUUGAUUAUUACAAUUAUAAUACCAUUAUCUAUAAUUUAUCAUUUAUUUACCUUUAUUUUGAGACACAGACUAAACCAAAAAUAUAAAAAAAAACUGCCCUUACUUAUUUUCCUUAUCAUUUUGUAAAUUCAUAUUUUAUCCCUCAGGAUCAUCACAUAUGUAACAUCAAAUCAAAAUCCAUAUUUACAAAUAUAUUCCCAUCCAUAAUAAUAUACAUACAUUGUUUAAAUUCAGUUCGUCCUUUUAGUUACCCAUCAUGAAAGUUUAAGCUCAGACUCUCUCAUUCCUAUCAACAGCUGAUAAGUAAAGGUGGGUUCUAUUUAAAUGAGAAAGCAACCGAUCGUGUGAAAUCUUUUAAUCUCAUCAGAAUUCAUUUCUGUCAUGCCAGCCUGAAAGACUUGUUUGGUAAAUAGUGACAAAAAACUGUGACUGAUCAUUCAGGAGCAAUAUAGAUAAAGAACAUUUAAAGAACAUAAUUCAGACAUCAGCAGCACCAAACCACGGCCUCAAGAGGACAUUCCCAUUCCCAACACCUCUAAGGUUUGUUGAAGUAGUUUCCAAGAAAGUUGCCUUAUUAAGCAGUGUAUGCUACACCUUUGUGCUAUUCAGCUUUUUAGUAAUACUUGGAGUAUAAAAAGCAGAUAUUAGCUGGUUCAGUAGUCAGGCUAUCUGUUCAUGUAGCCAGGCCUCAGUCGGCUGCUUAACAGAAUUGCUGCUCUUAGAUCAUCACCUGUAGUUUUAAAAUAGCAUUAUACCUUUAUAAGAAGGAGGGGUGGUGCAGCUUUACUUUCCACAUUGUUUUUCAGCACUGGAAUUACUCCCAAAAGAACUGAACUUUUAGCAUUUUUUAAACCUUUUUGAAAACCUUGGGAUUUCUUGGUUCUGAUAACCAGCCCAUGCCUGGUCAGGAGCUGGGCUACCUUCACAUUGCAGGUCUAAAUGCUCAAUUCAGAUGUUUUGUUUUUCUCCUGUGUGGUUGUUCACAUUAGACUUUGAAUGCCACAUCCAUCAGACUCCAGUGAGAACAAUCUAUGGCAGUGAAGUGAAUGGCAUGCCCAGAAGAAGACUUGACAUCAAAUGCAUUAUGCUGUGUUCGCAGAAGCAAAUAUAGAUGUGACUCAUGUCAGCAUUUGUGUAUCAUUUCUGAAGCUGUAGGAUUGGAACCAACAAAAAUUAUGGUUGGCUCCAUCAACAGUGUCUGCCCUGUUUGUUUUAUCCAUGAUUUACAUUUUAUCAUGCUGCUUCCCGCCUCCUCUGGUGCAACAUCAGAAUCAGAAUCAGAAACAUUGUGAGUCUAUCACACUUUGUUGUUGGUAAUGUCAGUUAAAAUGUGUCAUUUCUGUUCAAACUGACAUUACUUUGAAAAACAUCCGUUGCUCGUCUGAUUUAGGGCCAAAUAUGUUGGAAUUGUCCUGUUCAGACUGUAACAAUUCAGUGAAGUAAAGGUCAGAUGCAGAGCAACAGGACAGUACAGACCGAGGUCAUAUAUAUAUCCAAUUUAGGACCACAUGAGAAAGUGAAAUCAGAUUUGUGCUGUUCAGACGGUCUUGAGAAAAAUCAGAUAUGGGUCACAUCUGUGCGACAAAAAUCAGAUUAAGGCCUCUUUUGUCUGCAGUGUGAACGUAGCCUAAGGUGAGAUGGCUAUGAAGCUAAAGCUCAGAUCAGGCAAUUGAUGCAUUUAGAGAAUGAUUAAUGAAACUUUAUCAGUCUGGUGUAAAAAUGCAUUACAUAAAACAAAUGGGAGGCAGAAUGUCCAGCUCUAUGUUUAAAGGAAGGAGUUGUUUUUAAUUAAUUUACUACACAAAGGAGAACUUGCAUCAACCUUUUUUUGUUACCACUCAAUAUAUUGUAUUCUUCAUGCAUAUACCUCUUUGUCAUGUUUUCCUCUUGAAGACUGUUGUAAAUUCAAAACUCGUAAGUUAAGAAUGAGAGUCAUCUUUUGUGACUGUGUGUGAAAGUGUGUUUAAGUGGGUGGAGGCUGCCAUGAUCCCAGCCAUAUCAGUGUCAUUUUCUAGCCAAUGUCAGUGGGAAGCUUUUCUUAGUGGCUUAGCUCAAGUGAAACUUCUGUGUUGUGGUUUUUUUUUUUACUUAUUUACAGCAUCGAGGUGUAAGAUGCAACAGGAAGUAAGGCCUUUUUCUGCAAUGCAGCUUUCAAAACUGGGAGUGACUUUGGUUUAAUGUAUCUCAAAGAAAGGUGUUGAAAACGGCUGUGAAGAUGUUCUAAUAAGGUGCUAAAGCAGUUCGCAUAGUUUAGGCUUUUUUUACUGUAAGUGACUGAAUUCUAGUAGUUUUGUAAAAUUGUUAUUAAAAUGAUCUAUUGCGAAGAGGUGUAUAGUUAAAUAAGUUAUUGAUGUUCAGAGAUUUUUUGUGAGAAUUUAUCCUUGUUCCCUUUUGCCGAUGUACAGUUAUAACCAAGGGGAUGAAUUGAGCUUUUCUGCUUUAAACAUUUUAUUGGAAGUCUUUUUGGAGGUAAAAUAGGCUUUUUAGUUUAAUUGUCUACAAAAGCAACAAGAGAAGAGAUAAGACACAACAUUCUUAUCAGUACCUAAUGACAAAAUCCUAGGCGGCACAAUGCUAAAGCGUGCAAACAUGACAAAAACUGUGCCAACAAUGACUUUCCAGGUUUAUUAGAGCUCAAAAAUGUCUCGCACAAUUUACUGAGCACUGGUUGCCUCGUUAUCAUGCUAAUGUUUGCUAAUUAGCACCAAACAAAAGUGAUGACUAGAGUUUAUAAAAGGUACCAGACAAAAUGAUUGCUGUCUGACAGAGCAAGAAUUAGCUGUAGCCUAUACCUCCUAUCUUCAGAACAAACAGAACCAUCCAACUGUAAAAUACUGAGAAGCGGCGGCCUUUGUGCAACAUAUUACCUUAUUAGCACACAUGCAUUUAUAACACCUUAAUUUUUUCAGUGUUGCAGCUAAAACUAACAACCUCUCCAUGCAUUUUAAAUGAACGUUUCAGUCUGCAAAGAUGGUCAUCUGAAAAAGGCAACGCAAUAUUCUUUUUUAAGGCAGAAUUAUUAACAACUGUAAAUAAUGUAUUGAAAUAUAUACAGACUAUUCUGUAGAUUAUUAUAUAGUCUAUAGUAAGUUUUACAUUUCCCCAGAAUGGCUUAAGAAAACAUUGCCUCAAGAAAAGGUCCUUUAAGGAAGCGCAACGAUGACACAUUUUGAGUUGGUUGCAAUCUUUAACCUCACCACUAGAUGUCAUUAAACCUGUUUGAUUCCUCCUUUAAUCCUCCAUAAACAGAAAGCUAAACAAGACAAAAACUUUCUAUUCCUGCUAGAAAAGUAGACAGUGCAAUACUUUCUUCACCAAAUUAAAUAAAAAAUGUCAUUAAAAUUUUUUGGGCAGGUAAUGAACAACUAAUAAAUAUUGCUCCUGAAAUUUAAAAUUCAAUGUUGAUUUUAAACUUUGUCACACUGGGGUUAAAGAGGCUGUGUUCCUUUCUUACUUUCCUCUUUUUCACCACUGUGACAUCAGGGUGUUAUAAAAGUUUGUGGUAACUUUGUUUUUCAGCAAACGUUCGCCUGUGCAGAUUAAUUGCAGUACCUUUCAUAGCUUUAUCAAACAGCAGCGCUACAGGAAAACUGUGUCCUGACUCUUCAGAAAGGCCCGCUGCUAUCACCCAAAUUUUAUUUAACCAAAAACAAUCUACACUACUGACAAAAGCUUGGGAAACUGAGUUGUUUUAUAACAUUUGAUGAGAAAUAAAGAUCAUUGAGGUUGUAAGUACCUCCAUCUGUUGCACAGUUCACAUGAUAAUACUAGAGACUGUCAAAUCAACACAUACUCUGUCAGGUUGGCCUGAACUAGCUGUAGGAUGUUGUGCUCUCAGCGGAGUAGAGUUCACUCUUGGAAAGCAGAUUGUUUGUUUGUUUUGUUUGUCUUUUCUAAAAGGUUGUCUGACACUGCAUCUGGCUGGAAAUCUACAUUCAUAGAGGUAAUUAUGAUGUUGAAUGGCCACUUUGGUGGAAGUGUUACCCUUUCAAGUUCAGGACAAGCUUUUCCCAGCAUCGUAGCCCAACGGAUGAACACUGCCAUGCAAAAGUGUUCAUUCCCCUUGAACCUUUCCACAUUUUGCCAUGCUAUGGCCACAAACUUUAACAUAUUUUACUGGGAUUUUAUGAUACAGAUCAACUCAAAGCGGUGUGUAAUUGCUAAGUGGAAGGAAAAAAGAUGCUCUGUUUUCAAAAUUCCUAAAUAAAAAGCAUAUGCUAGUUGGGCAUAUAUGUAUUCAGAACCACUUAAGUCAACAAAUUGCAGAACCACCUUUUGCUGCAAUUAUAGCUAUUAUCAAAGACAUAAAAAAAAACACAAUACCAAGAAAAGAAACAAGCAGAUGUUAUACUACUUAGAAAAUAAGAUUCAUCUUCACAUCAACUCUGACUUGGUCUCCACUCAAUAAAAGCAUCCCCAUUGCAUGAUGCUGCCACCACCAUGUUUCACCUUGGUGAUGGUGUGUUCAGGGUGAUUUGAAGUGUUAGUUAUUCUCCACACAGCGUUUUGCAUAUGGGUAAAAAAUUAACAUUUUGGUCUCAUCCAGACAAGCUUGUUUCGCAUGCUUGCUGUGUGCCACACAUGGCUUUUUUACAAACUCAAAUGAGAUUUAUGAUGGCUUUCUUCUGCUCAGCCUGCCAGUUGUGCCGUACUUUUUCCAUUUAGAUGAUGGCCUGAGCAGUGUUCUGUGAGAUGUUCAAAGCUUGGGAUAUUGUUUUAUAGCCUAACUCUGCUUUGAACUUCACAACUUUCUCCCUGACCUACCGCCACACCUCUAUUGGUCCAUCACAUAAAAUUGCAAUAAAAUAAAUGUAAGUUUGUGGUUUUAAUGCAGCAAAAUGAGGAAAAGUUUUAAAGGUGUGCAUAUUUUUGCACGGUACUGUGAGAUACCUAUCUAGCAUACACAUGAGGUGCUAUCCUGUGUUAGAACUUCACGGGUGUGCCUUUUCUCAUUUGUAUUACCCAAAAUAUUUGUGAAACUUUGCUACAGACUAAAUUACUUGCUUCAGCAGAGUCGACUGUAACAUCUAUGAUGCCUAACUUCAUCUGCUGCUAGGUGCUUUUUUUCUAUCAUAAAAGGGCAAGUUUUAUAGUUACAUACUGUAACUAUAAUCUUGAAGGGAAUAUCACAGUCAGGUUUCAUUUUUUUUCUCUGUCUAUAAAGCAACUAAAGUGAUUGUAAAUCAUAUGAUCAUACUAAAAUAUCAGCACAAAGUAAGCAUAAUAAUUCCCAGUGUGCACGUGUGCUUGUGUGUGUGCAUGUGUGUGUAUUGACAUGAGAGUUCAGCAAGUUAUGCCACGUUCAGGAUAAGGUCAAAUGUGUGCUUUGUAACAAUUAACUGGUUGUUUUUUUCAAAGUAAAACUUUGGGUUAGCCAUCAUAUAUAUGCAUAAUACUACAUGUUCCUCGGGCACGCUGACUGGAAGCUGAAAACAUCUCUCCACAGCCACAAUAUAUUCAGUAAUGUAACAUCAGAAGAUAAAGGAAAAACACUGAUUUAAUUCAGCAUCGUUUUUCAAGGAUGGGUUUGUGAGAUGAUAAAUAAAAUAAAUACUCAGUGGAUACAUCAACUACAAAGAUCUUAGGCUUAAGAAGUGAAGGUCUGAACUGACUAAAAGAAAUGGAGAUUUUACUUUAGUGCAAUUGUAAUAUGUGUUUCGUUUAAAAAAGAAAAAUAGUAAUACUUUAACACAGUUUAACUAGGGGAUUUAGAUCCACGGUACAACCUAAAUAAACUUUACACCCAGUCGCUGGGCGACACUUGGUGUUAUAUCUCCAAAUGUAAAUAUAAUGGUGUGUGUGUGUGUGUGUGAGUGCAUUAUCUCCAUAACUCCUAAGGGAUUAUUUUUGCCCUGUCUGAUCUUAGGUGGAAUGUCAUGUUCAGGUUUUUGAAAUUCCUAUUCGGAGAAUAGGAUGGGAUGAAUGGAAAAUAAAUUUGUUCUUAUUAUAAUUUCCCAACAAUAUGAAUACUGAUUGUCACAGUUUUAUGUCUACUAUUACCAUCUUCCUGCUUAUAUAAUCAUUUGAAGUAUUUAACAAGCCUCUGUGUUUCUUGUAUCUGUGAAUCUUCAAUAAAUUUGGUGUUAACAA